GAAGAAGCUCAAGCAUCAUGGUUGUUGUGUGUUGGUCCGAGUCCCUCCGCUGCUGCUGUAGCUGCAGGUAACAGCGGCGUUAUCCCGGGGCUGUUACCUGACUAACGAGGGCAGAGUACGGCUAGGAAGAGAGACGUCGGUUUGGUGGAGUUUCCGACAAUGGACAACACUCUGUGUCGGAGGGAGGUUGCUCGCCCGAGAAGGCUCUCAGCUGCUGCCGCGGAUUCUGGCGCUAGCGUUAGCCUGCAAGAUGGCGAGCCCAUCGAGAUGCAUUCUCCGAGAGAAAGUCAAACUGUUUUGGAUAGACUGAGCGCUGCUGGCGGUAACAUGGACAGGAGAAACCCCGCUAUGAUGGUCGUCCACAAGAGGCAUAUGCCGAAGGAACCGAACAAGUUCCAUAUACCGAGGAAAGCGAAGGAAAAGAGAGCUCUUUUUCAGUAUGUAUCUACUGAGUCUAGAGAGUUUGAAGACAUGAUGAACAUCCUGACCUCCAGUUACUUUGACCCUGGCUCUGCCGGCUGCUUCACCUAUUCUAAACCCUGCCUCGUCCACAGUGAGCUGCAAGAAAAAGAGUUUGUGGAGAAGAGGAGGGAGAUGAAGGCAGACGGGAGGACUGAAAAGGAGCUGGAGGAGAAUUAUUGUUUCCUCUUGGCAGAUGCUGUCAGGCUGCCCCUGCUCUGUGAGAAUGGACUUUGUGUGGGUCAGACCUGGUUGACAGUGCUGGGAAACCCUCAUAAAGGAGUAUAUCUGUCUAAAUACUCAGACCUACUCCAGGUUAGCUUAUUCGCCCCAGGUGCCGUAGGGGAGAUCAUCAUCUUCAAAGUGAUGAAGGGUAAAGUGAAGAGCAUCUAUGAAAAUGUAAAAAACCUUCUAGAUCCAACACCUCGCUUCGACAGCCACAUCUUUAAGAACGCCAGCAAAGUCACCUCACUCACCUCCUUCCGUGCUUUUGAAUUCACACAGCAAUACUUCUAUGAAUAUUCCUUUGACGAAUUGCGGCAGCGACCUCGUCAAGUUUGUCCCUAUGCUGUUGUCUCCUUUCAAUUUAAAGGAAAGGAUACAAUACUUCCCAGGUUGAACAGUCAACCUGCAGAGGGGAAUAAAGUCCGAGCUCAAUUCACAGUGUGGACUGGAGAUUUAGUUAAAGGCGACCGUGUUCUCUGCCAGAUCUCCCUUCGCUCCUUUUCUCCUCCUUUCCUGCCUCACAGACUCCCAGAGAAGUUGGACAUUGGUCGUGUGAUGAGGCUUGACCAGGUGACCAUGCUCCUCCCAUCUGGCUUGUUCUCCUACAACCGUUACAACAGCAGCGAAGAAGUUGUGGAGAAUGGGCAUUACUGCAGGCUCCUAGAGGUGAUAGACAGAGGUCGUACAACAAGCACCAUGACAAAACUGCUGCAGGAAAUAGAGAUGAUGAGAGUGGUUCUGGUGACUCCUCUCUCAGAGAAAGGGUUUCUCUUUCUACUCUCCAGUGUUCAGAUGGCCACACCCUCUGAGCGAGGAGAGAAUUGGAAGAGGUGUCUUCAGGCCUUAUUUGUCUUUCCAGAGACCAGAGAUCUGGCCAAAUCCACAUCAAGGUGUGCCUCCUCUCCUCAUGAUGCCUCAGAGUCACAAAUGUCUGGGGCCAAGGUGAUGCCGCAUCUGAGCCUGUUUAUCCCAGCGUUGCAUCAUGCCCUUGUCAAAGCCCGUGCCAACCCCUCUCCUGAGCUAUCUGCUGGUGUGGAGCGCCAGACAAAAGAAUACCUCAUUGGCCUGAAGGAUGGCAAGGUUCGACAGUACCCCAUGGGGGAGUACAACUCCAAACAAGAUGAGCAAGAAAAGGUGUUUCCCACGCCUAAACACCACCAGGUGAACAUGAACUCCUACCUGCGCUCCUACCUGGCCAACCGAGCCCUCUACCUGCUGUCAGUGGCUCGGGCCAGGCAGGUGGUAGAGACACACUGUGGCCCAGAGGAGCCACAGCAAGUUAAGCCCAAGAACAGUUGUGGAGGCCCGAGAGAAUCAGCGGGGAAGGAGAUGACAGGCAUCACUAGAGAUGGAGAGACCAACACUCAGAAGAUGCAGCAGCUGUUAGACCUGGUUUUGACCUGUAAGAGGAAUGCAGAAAACGAGGUGAAGAGGGAGGAAGGAAGAGAAGGUGGGCUCAGAGUAGCCGGGAGGAAGAGGAGGCUUGAGCAAAAGACAGCAGUGAGGGCACUUAAAUAUCUGAAGGCAUCACAGGGACCUGCAGGCCAUGAUAAGAUUCCAGUUGAGGGAAGCCAGCCUGCCUCUCCUGAUUCUCUUACAUCUGUGAUUGCCUCAGUGGGUUUGAGAGAUUCUCAUCUAAGGGAGGAUGGAUCUGAGCUAUCUGUCAAACUUCUCAGCUUGCUGACAGGUCUGAGUCGGGCUGCCAGGGGAAGUACCAGUCUGGAGGAGGAGCAGAAGGAAUCAUGUCCAUUUGAAAGGCUGGCCACCAAGCUGGGCCUGCCCACCAACUGUGACAUUGACCUGCGGAAGCAGGAAGAGCUUGAGGAGCAGACUGCAGGCAGUGUCAGUAGUUUGGAAGGAUUCAGUCCCAGCUCCCACAGCGGGGAGAUGAAUCUCCACAGAGCUGCAGGCGGAAGAGGAGGGAGGGGAGCAGGAGGAUACGAAGAUGAGGAAGAGUGGGAGAUCCCAUGGGUCCUUAUCCCCAUAACAGGUCUGUGUUCAAAGCGCUUGUCUCCAAAAGACAGUCUCAUCCCUCAGGACCCUCGUUUCCGACACCUCGCAGCGACAACUCACAUCACCACAGCAACCAAGCCCUCCAGGAAAAGCCCCACCCAGUCACCUGUGCCCAGCCCUCCAGGAUCCCCCUUCCAGUGCCUAUCCCCUGAGCCUAGCCCUCCUCUCUCCCCCUCUCAAUGUCCAUCACCUGAUCCCAGCCCUCCCCUUUCACCCUCCCAGUGCCCGUCUCCAGACACUAGUCCCCCAUUUUCCCCAUCUCAGUGCCCUUCGCCGGAGCCCAGUCCUUGCUCCUCUCCCUCUCGGUGCCCAUCUUCCAUGUUUCCUUCUCACCUCACAUCCCCUCAUCUGAGACUAUCCCUCUCCCCCUACCAGUCCCAGUCCCUGGUGUCUGUUGAACUCAAACCAAUUGACAAGGGCAACAGUGGUGCUAAUGAUGAGAAUUUUCCUCCUAUAACCUCAAGAGAGUUUACAGGAAUGUCCAAGGACAAACAAGAGAAUCCUCAGGAAAAAGAAAAGAACCAACAGCCAUCCUUUUUUACAUCCGUCCAGCCAUCUAUUCUUCAAGCUCAAGAGAAUUCAACAAGCCCCUCGCCACUGCCCUUUGCAAACAGGAAGCAGUAUGCACAGAAAGAAAUAGGGAAGGUGAAGGAGGAAGACGCAGUACUUCCCAAGGAGCAAAAAGACAAUCAGCCUGUUGAGAAAGUGCAACAACAUAAAGAAGAAGGGGUCUCUUGGUAUAAACAAGAGGAAGAGAGUGUGGUGAAUAGGACGCAAGAGAUAGCCCAUGAAAAGGAGCAGAAGGGAAAAGUGAAUGAACUGAUUAGUGGCUCUUUGGUUUCUCAAUCCUUGUCCUCACCUCCUGCACAUCCUCUCAGAGAUAUUGACAACAUUGUGGACAAACAUAUUGGCGACUUCUUUACUGAGAUGCAGCACCUCCUGCAGGAGGAGAGCAUUCACUGCAGCUUCCCUGAACCUCCACACUCGACUUUAAAUACAGCAAACCUUGCACCUCAACACACAUUUCAACCCGGCUUACCAGCUCAGUUUUCGCAUUAUGUGUCAUUAUACAACUCCUGUCCCCCUGUCCAAGACUACGUAAGUUCUUUGCAGGACAGCAUUAACAGCAUGAUGACAGAAUUUGGUGACAAUUGCCACCACCGAAAUUCUCACUCCAGUCAGUCUGAGGCAGAUACUGUGUUGGCUAGCAGCGUGAGUGCAUUUGUUUCUAGCAUUCGAGCAUCUAAUACUAAAACAAGUGAAGUGUGUGCUCCCUGUGGUGAUCUGACAGCUGCUGAUGAUACUUUUUCAGUCUGUCAAACUCCGGCUCUCUCCAGAGGAGGUAAAGUGUUGCAGCCAGAUGUAACACACAACAGGAAAUCCCCAGCUCUUAAUAUCAUUGUUACUGUUCCUACCUCUGCAUCUGACUCUGUUUACAAGCCUGGUGACACCACUGACCUCCAUUCUCCUUCACACAAGUUGCCACAGUCCCACUGGAACUCACAGCAAAGUCACACAUUAGAGAACAAGCGAACAGUCCUUUAUAAUGUCAGACAAGACAACAGUUUUACCAAUACCAUGGAUUGUAUGUCUGAUGCAGAAGGAGGAAGUAGUCUAGCAGGGUCAAACACUGGGGGUCUAGGGUCCAGCAUUGUCUCCAAGCCCCUGGCAGAACCUUCUCACUCCCCCCAGCAGGAAUCCACUUCAGCCUCAGGGUCUGGCCCUGCUCCCCCAGCCACAGCCCUGAGUUCCUUGAUCAACCAGCUGGAGCCAGAAGUAUUCAACAGUCUGGUUAAGAUCAUCAAAGAUGUCAAAAAAAACUCCCUGCAGUUCUACCUCCACAGCACUGAGCCGAGGGACCAUGUCUUUGACAACGUCAAGGCAUACCUGGUGAAACAGGGGAAUGUGGAAAAGAGUCCUGUUGCCUUUCUGAACCAAGAAAACCCAGACAACAGAUUACUGGUCAUCAUAAAGAACAAAGACAUAGCUGGCCACAUACACAAGAUCCCAUGCCUGGUAUCUCUGAAACGGCGUCCCUCCGUUUUGUUUGUGGGUAUCGAUACACUGGAUGACAUCAGGAACAACAGCUACAAUGAGCUCUUUGUGUCUGGAGGCUGCAUUGUUUCAGAUGAGUUGAUCCUCAACCCUGACUUCAUCACUUAUGAUCAACUGGCUGAACUGCUGAAGCUUCUGGAACAACACAGCUCUCUAGAAAGUGUUUGGAAGUGGAAGGUGCACUGCAAAACCCACAAGAAAUUAAAAGAACAAGCUAGGUUCAGGAGAGAUUCAGCAAAAAUUCUAGACCUACUCUCAGCCUAUCAGAAGAAGCAGAUUGUUGAGUUCCUCCCAUAUCAUCACUGCGACAUGAUGAACCAUCAGUCACCUGACCUGGAAUGUCUUACUGAGCUCCAGGCUCGGUACACACAGUUCCGACACACAGUCUUUCUUACUGAGCGUUUUUUAAAAAAAUCCCCCGAGUACUUAAGUGGUGGCAUCAUCGUGGGUGGUAUUGAAGAAAUUCUCCACAACUUCACCAGAAUGGUCGGUUAUCACAAUGUCAAGGACAGGCAGCCAGUCUUGGACGCCCUGCUGGCAACCAAAGGUCUUGACAGACAGCUGAGUCACGGGGACUCUGCAUCGGGCUCUGAACGCUCACCCUCUAUUUUCUCAGAGCACGUCCAUCCCCUCUCCUCUAGUGAACAGCAGCAACAUGUUCUCCAGCAGCCUGGCUCCAGCUUCCUCCCACAUCCUCAUCUCUCUGACCAGCUUGUCCCAGAUGCCUCCUGUAAGGACGUUGGGCCUCAACCUUCAGACACAGACUUUGAGGUUCUUCGACUAGCCAUCUCACAGUUACGAGCCGAACGCCAGGCUCAGCUACAGCAGCAGCAGCAGUUAGACUCCCAGCUAGAGUCAACUAUCAACUCCCCUCAAAACUUCCCGCCCAACCCUGUUUCUAGUGAUCACACUCCUAUUGGCCAAGGAGGUUCCUCUGAGUUGACCCAGGUUACACCUGGCAGGAAAGCCAUAGCAGCCACUCUGGAGUUGAUUCACUCAACAUUGCAGCCAGAGCUGGUGGAAGAGGAAUGGACACAGGACAGAGUGGAGCUGCCCACAGAGGGACAAAGGAGGGGAAGAAGUCUUGAAAGAGGACAAGGAGAAGGCGAGUCACGGGACAGAGUGUUGACAUUGUUGGAAGAAAACCAGGAUCUUAUUAGCAACGACUCAUCUACCUCUUCAUAUAAUGAAAACACAGCCACAGUGACGGGACCAGGUGACUUGACAGACAAAACCAACACAGAGAGAGAAAAGGGAGCUCAGCAAGAAAAAUCUGCAUUUCUCCAAUCAACUAAACACAGUGCAGCCACCUCCAGUACCUCCCCCGGUCCUGCAAAGGGUGACAGAUCAGGUAGAGCCGUCCAGUCAGAGCAGGAGAGGCCGAUACGAGGAGAGGGAACUCUACCUGUCAAUGGAAGUAACAAGGUAAAUGGAAGCAUCACUAUGGUAACAGGCCAGGAGGACUGCCCGAAUCCUGCUCGUCCCCAACUACAUCAGAUCCAGCAGUCCCAAUAUCAUCUGCAGCAAUUUACCAACCAGCAACAUGAGUUCCAGCCAAGUCUGGUACAUCCACAGCUUCCUCCUCACAGCCAGCACCAGCAGUGGGGACAUGGAUACAUGCGGCACCACCUCCUGCCUCAUUACCCCGGCCAACCUUUCCCUGUGGGUCCCAUGCUGAGGCCUCUAACUGCCCUUGGAGGAGGAAGGGGCCUUCUGGGACCCACACCCGCCUGGCCAGGUGACCUGGGCCCCCCAGGUGCUUCUAACAUGGUGUGGGGCCUCCCACAGGCUGUCAGUGGUCCUGCACUGCUGGGGAUGUACCACAAACCAGCAGGUCAGGGCAGCAACAUGUACAGAGGAGGCCAAAGGGGAGGCUUUAAUGGGAUAUAGUUCAAUCCACACCAGCUGAUCGUCCCAGGUGAGUCCACACACCUGCUGCGGCUCACGUAAUUUAAAGACACGACAAAUAAAGAAAUGGACGGACUGCCUUAUGUCUUCCAGUGGACACUUUUGUCUUUUUGUAAAAAAAAAACAAAAAACAUUUUUGUUCUUACUGUUGGGUUUGUUGCCCUGUGGAGGUGUUUGUUUAGUAGUUGUUGUACUGUCAAGAGUUUUUUGUAUUAAAAUUCACUGAAUAAUUCCCAAGAAAA